AUCUCAUGCAGCAACAUUCGCGGAUGACACGAACGCUCCAGAUGGCAAUAUCUCACGGCGGCACACAUCACGUACGAUGGACUACGAAUCCUGGCACCAGCUGACCACCACGAAGCUCAGAGAGCACCUCAUCGAGAAGGAAAACAUUGAUCUUAUCCCACCCAUUCUUCACUCAUCCAGCCAUCCGAUGACGACAACCAGGGUCGCAUUUCAAGGCAGCAUUACCUGCUGGCCGUUGACUCACCGGGAACUCCUCGCCGGAAACGCAUAAGCCAUCUCCACUACCGGGCGGAAAAGACAGGAAUCAGCCGAAGGUCAAGACGCCGGCCGCGACAUUCAUUACAUCAUGUCCGGGUUCCGUGUUUAGGUAUACGCCUCGUCGCCCGUCUUGGCCUCGUCAAACUCAGCUAUAAAUUGGACCUCACCACUACACCCUGAGGUUCAAAGGACAACGUUAGCUAUCUUCAACGCCACGCCACCAUGACAGUCGCUCUCAACCCCCGCAUCCGCGUUCGCGAGGCCGUGCCCGCCGAUGCCGAGGCCAUCACGAACAUCUUGAAUGACGCCUUUUCCGCAAACCCGAUGCAGCAGCUGAUGUAUCCCAACGGUGUAUCGGAUGAGUCGAGAAGCAAGUCCGCUGCCAGACUCUUCUUGCCCAUUCCUCCCAGCGAAGGAGAGACGUUCAUGGUGGUGGCAGAGUUGCUGCCAGAGGGUUCUGAUGGUCCUUGCGAGAUUGUUGCCUUUUCCGACUGGUGCCUGUUCAGGAAUCCGCGUGCUGAAGAAGAGUGGAAUGUCCAAGAGGUACCAAGGACACAGGAGCAGCUGGAAGAAGACUGCGAUGUGCGGGUUUUCAACGAAUUCAUCGGCGGAUUGCACAGGAAGCGCCGAGAGCACAUGAAGGGUGACCCUGGGCUUGUUCUUAGAACUCUUGUCUGUCAGACGAAUCGCCAAAGGCUGGGGGCCGGAAAGGCCCUUCUACACUGGGGUACCACCCUGGUUGACGAACUGGGUCUGCCACUGUUUCUCGAGUCAUCACCCACUGCUUACCAUCUCUAUAAGCAAUUCGGCUUCGAGGACAUUGACGUUUUCGACCUUCCCAUCUUCGAUUUGUUCGGCGCCGAAAAGUGCGAAGGUCAGGACUGGGGAGAAUACACGGCGCUCGAGCUGGCUGGACCUCCCGCCAAGGGAUGCUUCCGCAGCACCAUCAUGAGACGACCUGCCAAGAGCACCUGAUACCUAGGGAUGCCUUUCAGGGUGUCGGCGGCAGUAAAUUUCGCUGCUGCACUUCGCCGCGUCACCACAUCCUUUCCCUGAUCGAAGUGUAUACUACAUUUGUUGCAAUUUUCACCAAGCUGAAAUUGAUUGGCGUUCUGUGACCCUGUCCAUCGUCUUGCGUUACCAGGCUCGCCAGGUUGUGUUGCAUUGUCUGACCGGUGGAGGACUUGACGUCCAAAAAUGGACAACCGCAAAGACUCAUUAUUUGUCGCUUUGUCCAGUAGCACUUGGCGUGUGCAUGCCACCACUGCGUGUGUAUCACUGGCAUACCGAAUCAGGCUGAGGACUGUGGUGAUGGGGGCGUCAGCUCUAUACUAGGCUGCCACUAUAAUCUUACGGACCAGCCAACACCAUGUGGGGAAUGGUUGCAUAGAGAGAGGCUUUGCCAGGCUGCUCCCAACAAGAGCGCCGGAGAGACUUAUAUACAUUAUGGGUUCCGGC